CACUUUCAAAAGCUAGUUAAGUUCUAAUAGUUCGAAGACGAUGUCAGCUAACUCACCACGUGGGGCGCUAGUGAUGUCACGUCUGUCAGCAGAGCCCAUUUUCAGCACAGGAAAAAAAUUCAGUGCUUCGGGACUGGGUUCACUGUAUUAAUAAACUGUGAUGAAUCUCCUACCUUUGGCCAAUGCAAUUAAGAUAAAACAUUAUUGAAGGUAUCCCAUGCAUUUUUCCACUCUACUUUUCUAAUUAAAACGCAAUAUACUCAUUUGAACUGAGAAAUCACAGUGUUGCCCUCGCUUGUUCCUCGCCAGUCGUUCUUCGCUGUCGUUCACCGAUUUCGCGAGGAAGGAGUCGAUUCCUUCACAACGAUAAAGGGAUAAGACGAUAAGACUUCUGCCGGUAAGUUGAAGACAGGUAGAAGCCUCAAAGCCAGGAACAAGAAAAUUGUGAAAAAUGCCUCUACUAAGAUAACGAGAUAAUACUCUCAAUGAAGCUUAUCAUUGGGGAUAAUUCGUAGAAAGAACGAGGAAAUGACAUGGAUAUUAUAUAGGAUGAAAAUAUGUGCAGUGGCAUUAAGUGUGAUUUUGGAGUGACUUCUGGCCUGUACUGGAGAAACUAGGCCUCUGGGCGUGUGUGAGCUCUUUUAAAUUCAAAAAUAAGAAAUGAUCUGAAGUCAUGUCGACCAAAAUUUUAAUUGACACCUCGAAAGACAAUAAUGUCUGCACUUCAAAUCAGACAGACAAUGCAAAUCCAAAAGUAGAAGUUUUGUAUUGUGAUAUUAGUCAUUACAGUCAAAAUUUUCAGUUCUGUUUAUGCUGCUUAGGAGUGUUUUUGUUUUACUUGAUAUAUGGAUAUUUUCAGGAAUUAAUAUUCAGCCUUGAUGGUUUCAAACCAUUUGGAUGGUAUUUGACAUUGGUUCAAUUUGCCUACUAUACAGUGUUUGGAUAUGCAGAAUCAUUGUUUAAAAAAGUGACAAGAAGGAUUCCUCUCAGGACUUAUAGCCUCCUUGCUUUGCUAACAUUGGGUACCAUGGGAUUUUCUAACUCAUCAUUAGGAUAUCUCAAUUACCCUACACAAGUUAUUUUCAAAUGUUGCAAAUUGAUUCCUGUUCUUAUUGGAGGAAUAAUUAUACAACAGAAACGGUAUGGUGUUUUGGAUUUCCUUGCAGCAGGUUUAAUGUGUGUGGGACUAGCGCUUUUUACCCUUGCAGAUAGUCAGAUUUCACCAAACUUUUCAUACAUGGGUAAGUAUUUGAGCUAUGAUUAUGCUUUUUGUGUUUUCAUGAUAUCAUGUGCUCUUCUCUGUGAUGCUGCAAUUGGAAAUUUUCAAGAGAAAUCAAUGAAAAAUUACCAGGCAACAAAUUGUGAAGUUGUUUUGUAUUCUUAUUCAAUUGGAUUUGUAUAUUUAUUUUUUAUUAUGAUAUUUAAUGGGAAUCUCCAGAAGGGAAUAACAUUUUGUGCAAGGCAUCCAUUUGAAACAUAUGGAUAUGCAUUUGUCUUUUCACUUUCUGGUUAUCUUGGUAUUCAGAUUGUGCUUACAUUAGUGAAAACAUGUGGGGCAUUUGCUGCUGUAACUGUUACAACAUGCCGAAAAGCUGUGACAAUUAUGCUGUCAUUUCUUUUUUUCGCAAAACCUUUUACAUUCCAGUAUCUAUGGUCUGGUCUCUUGGUAGUUCUUGGAAUAUAUUUGAAUAUUUAUAGCAAGAAACAAAGUAAUAUUUCCAGUUUCAACCAACGACUAAAUAAUAUUCUUUUCACUCUUCAAAGAUUGUACAGGAAUUCACAGAGUCCCAGAAAGUUAAACUUAUCACAUGUGUGAUAUUCUGCAGUAAUGUUUAUAAAAGACAAACAGAAGAUCUCGAAGUAUAAAUGAAGCAACAUGAUUUUAUAAGUCUAUUAGUAAAAAUUGGUUAUUGUAAUGGAAACCAAUUCAGAAUUAUUUAUUGAAAUAUAUUUAUUAUUUUAAAAUAACAAUUCUUAUUUUCUGCCCUUAUGUUCACUUUAGAAUAUAAAUACAGACAAAAUGAAGGCAGGUCUUCAGAUUGAUCCUGUAAUUGUUUUUGUGGUAUUUAUUUCUGAAUUCACCUUGUUCAUGGUUGUCUCAAGAGGGACUAACCAUGACACUCAUGCAAUUGUAAAGAGCAAAAAAAUAUGUUAAACAAUAAUGGUUAUUUCUCAAAAUUGUGUAUUAGUAAAUAUAUUUAAUGAUUUUAACAAUUAAUGUAUUUUUACAUUUUCAUAUAAAUACAUAUGUACAAUAUAAUAUAGGUUUGUAGAGAAAGAUGUAAUUCUGUGGAAGGUCACUUCUAAGAAUUAAACAAGAAAACGCCAUGGCUGAUACCAAAAAUGUGUUUGUUUACAAUACAUCUGUGUGUCAUCUGUGAUCAACAUUAGUGCCUAAACUAUGCAUAGGAUAUUUUCCGAACUGAAUACAUUCCUGUUAAUGUAGCCUCACUCGAAGCUCUGCCGUUUUGUAUAACUUUCUUUAAUUUUGGGGGGUAUUUUACAUGAAGCCCCGGGAGCGUUUUCAAAAUGUUCAUGGCAUAUUUCCUUUAUUGAUUAUGCAAGAAAUAUC